AUGUCUAACAUUGAUCAUAAUAAUGAUGAUGGUCUUGGAGAAUAUCGUCUAGCACUAGCUACUCAAGCUCCUGAAAAUUCUCUAUCUAAACAAGAAAAACGUGCAGAAUUACGUUCACGUUUUUUAAAUGUUCUUGAAUAUUUAAAAACUAAUCAAACUAUUUCACCUA